AUGGGUGCCAACCUUCCGCCGGUGGACAUGGGCGCGGGCCGCACCGUUGUAAAGAUGUGCCCGGGUGCAUCGCACAGCUGCGCCAUCUUGGAUGAUGAGUCCAUGAAAUGCUGGGGCUUAGGCACGAAGGACAAGCUCGGCUUCGACCCAUCCGGCUAUGGCAACAGCAACGCUUAUGCUGGCGACAGCAGCAAUGAGAUGGGAGACUUCCUGCCCCCCGUGAGCUUCGCAGGCCUUUUGGGUGAUCAUCGCGUGCUCAGCUGUGCCCCAGGGGAUUCCUUCAACUGUGCGAUCUUGGACCACCCCAGCGAGACCUCGCAGCUCGCCUGUUUCGGGUCCAACAGCCAUGGGCAGCUGGGGCGGGCGUCGAGCAUCUCCCAGUCCGCAGUCCCCGUGGCAGUCGACCUGGGGACAGGCCGCCGUGCCGUGCAGGCCAGUGCCGGCACGUUCCAUGCUUGUGCUCUGCUUGACAACGGCGCGGUGAAGUGCUGGGGCGGCAACAACUUGGGGCAGCUCGGCGCGGGAACCGAUAGUACCACAACGCCAAACAUCGGCAAGACCGCGGGCGACAUGGGGGACAACCUCCCGCCAGUCGAUCUGGGCGCGAACCUGCGGCCGGGCACAUUAGCCACCGCCGUCGUUGCUGGCUUUCACCACACCUGUGCCAUCCUCGAGGGAGGCGGCGUCAAGUGCUGGGGCUGGAACCAGCCUCUCAAAUGCAGGACGUCCGUGUUCUCCGCGCCAGCUCAGCUCAAAUGCGGGGACACGAUUCAUGAGACGUCCUUUGCUGAAACAGAGCCAUAUUGCAGUAUCUACGGCAGGUAUCAGCAAACUGGCCAGCCCGGCACCGCGCCGCUUGACAAAGUCGGCGACGCCGGCGGGGAGAUGGGCAGCUCGGCCGCAGCAGCCCGCUUUGGUCCAAAGGCGUCUCCGGUGCCCAAGGCGACGCUCUGCCGUAUGUCAGCCUGCCUGUUGGAACCGCGCCUUGAUGAUGGCACUUUGCACUGCUGGGGUGGCAGCCCUGCCUUCCAAUCGAGCCGCUGGGUUGCCAAUACCAUGCGUCAAUUUCCCGUCAUGUCACGAGGUAUCUACACAAAUGCAAAUCUUCUCAGGUACAAUUCGCAGUAA